GGUGAUACUCUGCUUUGAAAGGAAUUGAAGGCAGACAGGGUUUAUGCUGUAAAAAUUUUUGGAAUCAUAGCAUUGCUAAGCUCUAGUCCAAAAAUUACAAAUACGGUAAAUAUCUUAAAAAAUUUGAUCCCAGGACAAAGACAACAAACGACCUAAAUGAAAGCUCAGAGGGAAAGAGUGAUAAGAAUAUUGAUCUACAGGAUGUUGUUAUUAUUGCAUGGUGUUUGAAAGCAUUGAUUCACUCAACAGCUUUGCUAAAGGGACCUGACAUUGCAGUUCUGCUGUCACUUAGUUCAGUGCAACUUUCUGUAAACUGCCAUCUGAAAUUUCCCAUAGCCUGUGUCCUCAGGAGGCGCUAGGGCAGUGCUUUUCAUGAAAACAGUUUGUCAUUUUGGUGCUUUCCAUUAUGAGGGAAUGUGAAGAAGUCAAGGUAUAAAUACUAACCAUUAGAUUCUGUCGUUAAAUCAGCAUUUGAGUGGUUUGGAAAUUAGUGUGGAGCCUGAUAAUGGACUCCCAGUGUCAGAAAUGUCACACUCUAGAAAAAUGACAGUUGCCAGCAGGCAGCACAGCAAUAUAAUUUUGACUACAAAAUAUGACACUAAUACAAUUUAAACAUAGUGCAAAAUGCAACAGCGCAGGAAAACUGAUUUAUGUGUGCUAUCAAAAGCAAAUUUUAGAAUCUGGUCAGGACAAUAUAUUUCUGUGUUCAGGAAAGUUAGGAUUCUUUGGUUUAUAAGACCUUUUGAAUGAAGAUACUAAUUUUUCUUCCAAGUCGAAGCUGCUAGAAUUGACUGCCUGUUGAUGCUGCAGCUGUCCUUACAGUUGCUUAUUAAACGGGCAAGGCAAACCAAUAAACCUGCAGAUAGUAAUGGUUUUAUUUUUUUAAGGCAAAACCCUUCAAAGAUAGUUAAACACGGAAGUUCAGGCUAGCAAAGUUUUCUAGAUCACAAGAUUCUUUGUGGUUCAUCACAUGGCUCUUCCUUGUGGAUUGUCCCCUUAUUCUGCAUUUCAGAAGAAACUUUCAGGCAAGGAGGAGAAUGGAGAUGAAGCACAGUUAAUGCAGGAACUGUCUAAUCCAGGUUUAGUGCUGGAUGUGUCAUGUGUGUCCAUGUAUGUACUUACAUGUUUUAUGUAAGUACAGAAAAUGUGUUUUUCCCCCCACAGAGUAAACAUGCCUAAAAAGAAGACGGGUGCUCGUAAGAAAGCCGAGAACCGUCGGGAGCGUGAGAAGCAGAUCAGAGCUUCACGAGCCAACAUAGACCUGGCCAAACACCCUUGCAAUGCUUCAAUGGAAUGUGAUAAGUGCCAAAGACGACAGAAGAAUAGAGCUUUUUGUUACUUCUGUAAUUCUGUUCAGAAAUUGCCCAUUUGUGCACAAUGUGGAAAAACCAAAUGCAUGAUGAAGUCUUCUGACUGUGUUAUAAAACAUGCUGGUGUGUACAGUACUGGACUAGCUAUGGUGGGUGCAAUCUGUGAUUUCUGUGAAGCCUGGGUGUGUCACGGGAGGAAGUGUCUCAGCACCCACGCGUGCAUGUGCCCUCUGGCAGAUGCAGAAUGCGUUGAGUGUGAAAGAAGCGUCUGGGACCAUGGAGGCAGAAUAUUCGCCUGCUCUUUUUGCCAUGAUUUCCUCUGUGAAGAUGAUCAGUUUGAGCAUCAAGCCAGCUGCCAAGUUCUGGAAGCAGAGACAUUUAAAUGUGUCUCCUGUAACAGGCUGGGGCAGCAUUCCUGCCUGCGUUGCAAGGCUUGUUUUUGUGACGAUCACGUGCGAAGUAAGGUUUUCAAGCAGGAAAAGGGGAAAAAGCCUCCCUGCCCUAAGUGUGGCCAUGAAACUCAGCAGACAAAGGAUCUGAGCAUGUCAACACGUUCAUUGAAAUUUGGCCGACAGACUGGAGGAGAAGAUGCAGAUGGAGCUUCUGGUUAUGAUGCCUACUGGAAAAACCUUUCCUCCAGCAAGGCUGGGGAGGCAGGUGACCGUGAGGAUGAAUACGAUGAGUAUGAAGCAGAGGAUGAUGAUGAAGAUGACAAUGAUGAGCGAGGGAAGGAUUCAGAUUCUGAGGCCACGGAUGUGUUCAGCAAUUUGAAUUUAGGAAGGACCUAUGCUAGUGGCUAUGCACAUUAUGAGGAAUCAGAAGAUUAAGUGUGCUGGCUUUGGAGGAGCCAAGCAAUGCUUCACUGGGUUGUGUACAUGCUAGUAAGAUAGCUCUAUCAGGUACUUGGGUAUCAGAGUUAGAGAGCAAAGAAUGUGGGACUUCCGCAGUAACUCCAAAGGACAUUUUUCCUGUAGAUGAACUAAUGUUAGGUUGGGGAUUGGGGGAGAAAAUCAAGAUAUUUUUAUCCCCCCAAACAACAGAAUGGUUUUGUCCUUGAGUUACUGAGUAUAAUGGUUCAAUACCGUUUCCUCCUAUCAACACAGGAAUGUGGGAAAGCUGUAGCUGUUGCUUCCAUUUGCCCAUCAGAAACUAAGUUAUUUUUUACAGUAAUUUUGUUAACUGAUUUCAUACAUUAUGCAGUGGUGGGUUGGUGACUGCAUUUUUUUUGGUCUGCACAAUAAAAGUCAACUGCAUUACCUAA